AUGACUUCCGUCUAUCUUGAUGCGCCAGAGGACCGCCCGGUCAAGGUCAUCCUGCUUCCGAAUGGGCACCUCGGGCGCAAAGGCGUUUCCACUGCACGAAUGGUACGCAGGAUUGGCCAUUUCCGUGUGUUUGGCGAUAUCAGACAUGGUGGUCGACUGCAUGCAUCCGAGCCAUUUGUGCUGAGAAUGGGAGAAAGUUGUAUUCUUGUCCCUUUCUCAGCACCCACGGAUGGCUUGAAAGCAGGCUGGGAAGCUCUGUCCGCGGAUUUGAAACUCAGUGUACUGGAAUUCGCCGUCACUACACGUGAACAGUCUUCUAUGGGUGUCAAGUUGGGCCUCAGCGCUUCACAGCCAGUCGAUUUUUACAACCUGAAAUUGGCCUUCCAAGACCAUGUCCUUCCUCUACUAGCGCUUGGACAUUGGGUAUGCGGCUCCCUUGACGGUACAUGCGGCCACCGGGAAGGCACUCCUUGCCGCAACAAACAGAAAGACCCAUACCAAAUCGCCAAAGGUUUCUGGAAGGCGAAUAUGUUCCGUCUGCAGCAUUCGUUCCUUGAAGGCCACGAUAUGCCUAUUCCUCUCCAACACCGCCAGACGAGAUUCCGCCUCGAGUUUUCCACCCUCUUCCUCACCCUCUACAAGGUUCAUAAAGUGGCCGAGUUCAUGACUGGAUGCGACAAUGCAAAGGUGACGAUCAAGGUCUCCUGGUUCAUGCAGGGCGCGUGGCCACAUCCCGUCAGACUCGCUUCUGAUAAAGAAUGGACGGACGAUCGACAGCGGGCCGAGGGUCGGAAAUUGCUGGAACUUGCCGAGGAGAUGCUAUCUAAUCACAUGCAUGCUCGCAAGAAGGCUGCCAGCAUCGCUACCGUAUUUCCUUGCCGUGUGGAGUGCGUCUUCACUAGACCUUUGAUAGCCUAUCACGUUCAGGACAAGAACAAGCGUGCUACAGAGGAAAUCGAGGAGCAUAGUUCCAUCAUCAAGGAGACGGAGUGGAUCGAGUCAAUUGAGAGUCGCAUUCGUAGCCUUUUCAUAUCUCGUGGAGCAGGGCCGGCAGCUUGUCAGAGCAUCACGUCCUGA